UUUGUAGUGAGCCUUGAAAAUCACGUUCCAGCACUUCGGAAAUUACAGAGAAGAAAAUACCACACUUGUCCCUCUCCCUCUUCUCUUUCCCCGUCCGACGCCACUCCCAGCGCGCACUCGACGCGCCCACGACCGGCACCCCUCCACAUGCUGACCUGGCCGCCAUCUCUCAUCGCCCCAGCCGGGCCCUCCCCGCAGCGCCAUCUCCCUUCCAACUCCCCCGGGCGAACCCAAUGGAGCGGCGGAAGAUGCUCGCGGACCUCCUCCGGGCGAGCGCGAGGAGCCCGGACCUCCGCGGCGGCGCGCAGCUCCACGGCGCGCUCACCAAGCUCGGCUUCGGGACGGACACCAUGCUGGGCAACAACCUCAUCGACAUGUACGCCAAGUGCGGGAGGCUCGACGCGGCCGGCCAGGUGUUCGACGGAAUGCCCGAGAGGAACGUGGUGUCCUGGACGGCCCUCAUGGUGGGCUUCCUGCAGCAGGGGCGCGCCGGGGAGUGCCUCCGGCUGUUCGGGGAGAUGCGGCGGCUCUCGGAGGUCCCGCCGAACGAGUUCACGCUCUCGGCGACCCUCAAGGCGUGCGGCAUCGUCGGCGACACGGGCGCGGCCGUCCGGGUCCACGGGGCCUGCGUCAGGAUGGGGUUCGAGGGGCACGGCGUCGUCGCCAACUCGCUCGUGCUCGUGUACUCCAAGGGCGGGAGGAUCGGCGAUGCGCGGCGCGUGUUUGAUGGCGCUGCUGCAUUCAGGGACCUCGUCACCUGGAACGCCAUGAUCUCCGGCUACACGCACGCUGGGCAAGGCAGGGACUCGCUGCUCGUCUUCCGGGAGAUGCAGCGGCGAGGAGAUGAGGAUUGUCAGCCCAAUGAGUUCACCUUCGCCAGCUUGCUGAAGGCCUGCAGCGGCCUAGGCGCGGCUCACGAGGGUGUGCAGAUUCAUGCAGCCAUGACGACCAGAGGGGUUUCCACGGUGUCCAAUGCCAUCCUCGCCGGCGCGCUGCUUGACGUUUAUGUAAAAUGCCGGUGCCUCCCAGUGGCGAUGCAGGUGUUCAAUCGGUUGGAAAGGAAGAAUGCCAUCCAGUGGACAACGGUGAUCAUCGGGCAUGCACAAGAAGGGCAGGUGAAGGAAGCAUUGGAUCUGUUCAGGCGGUUCUGGAGCUCCGGCGUCCGUGCUGAUGGACAUGUCCUCUCCAGCGUCGUCGGUGUGUUUGCAGACUUCGCCCUCGUGGAGCAAGGGAGGCAGAUGCACUGCUACUCGGUGAAGAAUCCAGCAGGGAUGGACGUGUCAGUAUCCAACUCCAUCGUGGACAUGUACCACAAGUGCGGGCUGACUGACGAGGCGGAGCGGCAGUUCCGGGAGACGCCAGUGAGGAACGUUGUGUCAUGGACAGCAAUGAUCAACGGCCUUGGGAAGCAUGGCCAUGGGCGUGAGGCCAUUGACAUGUUCGAGGAGAUGCGAGCGGAAGGCGUGGAGCCCGAUGAGGUAGCCUACCUGGCCCUUCUGUCAGCAUGCAGCCACUCUGGCCUUGUCGACGAGUGCCGCCGGUACUUCUCAGUGAUCCGACAGGACCCGCGGCUGAGGCCGAGAGCAGAGCACUACGCGUGCAUGGUCGACCUCCUUGGCCGCGCUGGGGAGCUCGCGGAGGCCAGGGACCUCGUUGCGACGAUGCCGAUGGCACCCACCGUUGGGGUGUGGCAGACGCUUCUCAGCGCCUGCAGGGUGCACAAAGACGUCUCUAUAGCCAGGGAGGCAGGUGAGGCCCUCCUGGCCAUGGACGGCGACAACCCGGCGAACUAUGUGAUGCUGUCGAACAUCUUUGCUGAGGCCGGUAAGUGGCAGGAGCACCAGCAGGUGCGCGAUGCCAUGCGGCGCCGGGGCCUGCGGAAGCAGGGUGGGUGCAGCUGGGUGGAGGUCGGCAAGGAGGCACACUUCUUCUAUGGCGGUGGCGACGCCACCCACCCGCGCGCCGCCGACAUCCGCCGCGUCUUGCUGGAGUUUGAGAGUAGGAUGAGGGAGCAGCUCGGGUACAGCCCUGGCGCCGUCGUCGGCACACAGCUGCACGACGUGGAUGAGGAAUCGCGCGCCGAGGGCCUGCGGGCGCACAGCGAGAGGCUGGCCGUAGGGCUGUGGCUGCUGCACCACGGUGAGCGCCACCAUGUCGAUGGGGAGGAGGAGGAGGAGGAGGAGGGGAGGAGGGAGGUGAUCAGGGUGUACAAGAACCUGCGGGUGUGUGGCGACUGCCACGAGUUCUUCAAGGGGCUGUCGCGGGUGGUGGGGAGGGCGAUGGUGGUCAGGGACGCCAACCGGUUUCACAGGUUCCAGAACGGCGCCUGCUCCUGCAAAGACUACUGGUGACACACAUAACAGAAGGCACACUGAAACGCACACCUCAUAAGCUGACUGGACAAAAGAAAAAAGAAACACAAACGGCUUUACCACUGAAAUGCCAGGCAACAUGGCUAUCCAUUGGUCGCUAUGUCAUCAAGAUAUCCGCUCCGCCCGGAGUUGUGCAGGCUGCAGGCAACAUACAUACAAUCUAUGUUCUGAUCUGAUCUGAUCUGAUGAUGGUCCUUUGUGGAACAAGAUUUGGGAAUUGCCAUAUGCCCAAGUGAAGUUGAGCUUUUCAUGUGGGCACUGCUUUGGUCACAGUAUCCUGGCAGCUCGAUCGCGCAUGAAGAUUAGGAGGAGAGGGGUUUGUUCUUUCGGUACAAGACUAAAACAAAGUGAUGGACACAGACUGCUUGUUUUCAAAGUGUGAGUGCCUGGAGGAAGGAGGAAAGGCACCAUACCAGCUUUGCUUCUGAAUUGUUGGUUCUUCAGCUAAAACAGAGCACCCAAGGAAUUUGCUACCUCACUCGGCCCUGAAAUUAUGUGCGUUUCUUUGGCCUUGGUGAUCUGUCUGGUCGCCGCAAAGUGGAUGCCAGUUACUGAGCCCCAUGAGCAAGUUCAGCAUAUACAUUAGCCAGGUGCGUACAUUGCUGAAUUUAUUUUAAGGAAAAUGUUAGGUGCCCUGAGAGACUCGAGUUCUUGUUGGAGAGUGGAGACCACUGCUCCUGAUAUGCAUUGGCGUGGCCCGCUUGAUGUGUCUCUAUCUGGCUCCUUAGGCCUUGUAAUAAUCAUCGAGUCCUGCCGGCUGACCUGCCAGCAACUCGCUGUUUACCCCUGUAUGCUGACACUGUCCCACCUACCGUGUUACCGUGGGUGGCGGUCAAUGAAAUGCUCAAGCGUGCUGCUUGUCCCUC